AUGGUAGUUGCCACUGGUAGCGCAGGUCCAUUAUCUGUAUUUGCCCAUCCUACUAAGACUACCAACAAAGCAUCUACUAGCACAAUAAAGUCAUACAUCCCUUCGCAUUCACCUGUAUUUCCUAGUUCAUUAGCUACGCCUACCGAUGUCGUUACCGAAUACAACUACGGUCCUUACGAGACCGCCACCUCUUUACCUACCACUACUCUUUCUGGCUACCCUGAAACAUGGAAGACGCCUCCCACUGAUUCUCCGGAAGUAAAAGAUGCCAUUAGUCGUAUUGACUGGUCCAAAGUUCCCAAUGCUCCCGUUCGCAAAACUAACAAAAAGACCGGUGAUUUUGAACCUGAUACCGAUGGCCCUCACGAUCCUUACUGCUGGUGGAGUGAUACUAACUGCGUCACACCCAAAAUCGAUAUUCCUUCUGACUACUAUCGAUGUGGACGACCAGGCGACUGGGGUCUCUCGUACGAUGACGGUCCAUUCAAUAGAUACACGGACGAGAACGCUAAAACUGAAAACCGAUGGGCUGAACCUCAGUUGUACAAUUGGCUUGCUAAGCACAACAAUCAAAAGGCUAGCUUGUUCUACAUUGGGUCCAAUGUCGUUAACUACCCUGCUGCUGCAAAGCGUGCUCUUGAGAACGGUCAUUAUCUUUGCGUCCAUACUUGGUCUCAUCCUCCCAUGACGACGUUGACAAAUGAAGAAGUGGUGUCUGAAUUGUACUGGACGUUGAAGGCAAUCAAAGAAGCCACAGGUGUCACCACCAAGUGUUGGAGACCUCCUCAAGGGGAUGUGGAUGAUCGUAUUCGUUCUAUUGCUUGGCAGAUGGGUAUGAGGACCGUCCUCUGGGAUGAAGAUACGAAUGAUUGGGAUAUGCCUGCUCCUGGCGGUGGUGAUUUGUCACCAGAAACGGUCGAUGGGUAUUUCGAACAAUGGAUUGCUGAUCAAAAAGCGCACAAUCAAACAACAGGUCAUAUCGUAUUGGAACAUGAAUUGAAUCAUGCUACGGUAAAUAUGACGGAAAAAUGGCUACCCACUAUUCAAAAGUAUUUCAACGUUCUUCCUGCUUUAGCUUGUGUUAAUGUCUCUCAACCUUAUUGGGAAGAAAGUUUUGUUUAUCCUUUGUCCAAAGUUCCUGUCAACACAACCGAUAUUGAAAGUAACGACUGUACCUCUGACGAUGCUGCUGCUGCUAAUGGUGAUGAUGAUUAUAAUGAUGACGACAAAGAUAAUGAUGAUGAUAACGAAAAUAACGAAGAUAAUAAUGAUACAGACUCUGAGCAACAAGACAAUUCUUCUCCUGCUCCUACCAAAGAUGAUACUGUAAGAAACGACGAUGAUAAUGGUGAAAUUGCUGAUAUUGAUGCUUCUGAUGAUGACAAUGGUUUAAACAAGACCGCCGAUAUUACGCUUGAUAUCACAGCUUCCAACAAUUAG